UUGGUGCGCGCAGCUAUCAGUCAAAGUCUCCGUCACUCCUGCAUUAGUUUACGGGUUAAUCUCUACGCGUCCUCACUGUGUGCAACCGAGAUGACAUGAGUAACCAGCAGUUUACACAGAGCCACAGCAGACAAUGUGAUCCUGCAAAUAAAAACAAAAACAACAUGUAAAAACUCGAAGCUUCCAACUUUCGCUUUGGUUGAGGAGAGGGACGGGGUCUUCUGCUAUUUGACAUACGUAUUCUUGGAAACACGAAACCCUUUAUUGUCGGACACUAAAACUCUUUGCAAUCAUGCAGCAAUCAUUUUGAUCAUCACGGUCCCCCAGAGAACCACGCUCGCCACGAACUCCAGCUCUCUGAGCAAAGGCGCAAACUGGACAUCUGGAGAGCUUUUACGCACAGAGGACUAUAUAGGCUAUAACAGACCGAUCUGUAACCACUCGCCAUGGAAGCGAAUCUAAGUAACUUGAGCGUGCUGAACUGGGAGCAGGUGAAGCGUCUCGAUGUCAUCCUCACCGAAUCCAUCCCCAUUCACGGCAAAUGGAACUUCCCCACUUUGGAGAUGAAGCCUCGGGAUAUCGUCAAAGUCGUGCGGAGGCGCAUGGAGGAGCGCAAGAUUCACGUCCGGGAGGUCCGGCUGAACGGUUCCGCGGCCAGUCACGUUCUGCACGAGGACAGCGGUUUGGGCUACAAAGACCUUGACCUCAUAUUUUGCGCGGACCUGAAAGGAGAAGUGGAGUUUCAGACCGUCAAGGAUAUCGUUCUCGACUCGCUCCUGGAUUUCCUGCCUGAAGGAGUGAAUAAAGAGAAAAUCACCCCAGUUACAUUAAAGGAGGCUUAUGUGCAAAAGAUGGUGAAAGUGUGUAAUGAUUCAGACCGCUGGAGUCUAAUCUCCCUCUCCAACAACAGCGGGAAGAAUGUCGAACUAAAGUUUGUGGAUUCCCUGCGGCGUCAGUUUGAGUUCAGCGUUGACUCUUUUCAGAUCCGUCUGGACUCCCUCCUCCUCUUCUAUGGGUGCUCUGAAAACCCUAUGGCUGAGACAUUCCACCCCUCCAUCGUGGGAGAGAGCGUUUACGGAGACUUCAAUGUAGCCUUGGACCACCUGCAGCGGAAACUGAUCUGCACGCGAAAUCCAGAAGAGAUCCGGGGGGGCGGCUUGUUGAAGUACUGCCACCUGCUGGUGCGGGGUUUCCGUGCGGCCUCGGAAGUCGAGAUGAAGCUUCUCGAACGCUACAUGUGUUCCCGGUUCUUCAUCGACUUCUCAGAUGUGGCGGAACAGAGGCGCAAGUUAGAGUCCUAUCUGCAGAAUCACUUUGUGGGAUUAGAGGAUAGGAAGUAUGAGUACCUGACCACGUUAUACAGUGUCGUCAAUGAAAGUACAGUAUGCUUGAUGGGACAUGAAAGGCGACAGACUCUGAGCCUCAUCACCAUGUUGGCGGUACGUGUUCUAGCAGAACAGAAUGUAAUUCCCAAUGUGGCUAAUGUCACUUGCUAUUACCAGCCUGCACCAUACAUUGCAGAUGGCAACUUUAGCAAUUACUACAUUGCUCAGGUGCAGCCAGUCUAUGCCUGCCAGCCCACCCACACAUUCUCGCCAUGGUUGCCCUGCAACUGAUCAACUUUUAACUCAAAUUUUGUCCAACAUGUUUAAUCAGAGCACUCGCCCAAUGAGACUAGUUGACAAGUUUUUUGUGUGCUCUACAACAUGAGGAAAACCAAUACUUUCCCAGUUGGCUGUUGCCUGCUUGCUGCCAGAAGAAGCUACGAGCACGCCGGAUGAGAGAAAGGGGGUGUAGGGGAGGUGAGGUACCUUGGAUUUGUUCCAGUCAGGCAGCACGGUCUACCUAGGCUUUCCUACAGACCUACAGAAGCACAACACUGUUUUUGAACAUAUGUGUGUGUAACAGACAUACUUGAAGAAUCAAAGGUAUACCACAUAAUGUGUUGAAAGGGCAGACAGAUUAGCAAGAUACAUUUUUGAUGCUCAUUACUCAUGCUACCAGACUGAAAUGAAUGGACACAUUUCUUGAGCCAAGGAUAUUCUCAUAGAUACCAGAUACCCAAAACAGUGCCUUAUACUGAAAAAUUAAAGUCACUCCGUGAAUGACCCUGAAGUAUGUUAGUCAAGACAUCUUUAUGGAGACACAUAUGAGUGAAGGUAAUGUACAAUAGCAAAUGGAUGAUGAAUUUUGAAGGCCAUUUGAUCAUGGAUUUCCAACAGAUAGUUGUAAGACUUAUUUUUUUAUAAUUUAUUAAUUUGGGGGGUCCGUAUGAAAGGGUUGCUGUAUGAAGAGCCAUUUUUCCAUCUAAAGCAACUGGCAAGAUUUGUAUAUCUGUGUGCAAGAUUGAACAUGAGAGUUUUCCACAGUUUCUUGUCUCAUCUAAAUUUACCUCAAUGUACUGUUGGCUCAGUGCGGGUUUAGCUCAGAUUAAACUGUCCAGGGCAAUGCCAUUAUAUCUAAUGCAGAGAAGUAAAACAGGUCACUUUUGAACAGGAAUACAAUUAGUAAAAAUAGGUUAUGUCCAAAUUGUUGUUGUAAUAUCCAGGUUACCUGGCGUCUUUCUGAAGACCUAAUUAUCACACAGCCACCAAAUCCAGAGAUUAAAUCUUUGACACAUCUAACCUGCAUAACCUGGGGGAUUAAGACCAACAGAGAAACAGCAGUGAGAAGCAGAAGCUCAUUUAAGACAUAUACCAAAGAUAUUCUUGAUAUUCUUCAUUACAAUAUUUGUCGUAAAAGCAUCUACAUGCUGUUGGAAAUUAAUGCAACACAAUCCCCCACUUGAAUUAUUCCAUGAAGUCUGAAAGUGAGUGCUCUGACAUAUGUUAAGGCCCCCAAUGCUCCCAAAUCCACACUUUGGCGACGCAAUGCUGCAUAGCCUGUCCAGUAGUAGACUUAGGGUGGAGACUGGGCAAAAGGGGGACAUUAGGGGCACUUGGGCACAUUCUUGUUUAGAAUCUAAAGAAAUGGGACCCCCUUCGUUCACAUGCAUUUGAUGGCUGUAUCUUAAGGCCAUGUCCCAAAUGCUCCUCUAAGGCUUUGUGGUCCUCAGCAAAGUCUACAAUUCAGUGAUUUAAUGCUGCAUAGAUUUUCCAGUAGCAGUCCAAAGGUGUAAAAUGGGUAAAAGGAGGGCAUUGGGGCACUCAGGAGCACCUUUCAGAAUAAAAAAAUAAAUGGCCAUAUGUCAAGGCCUUGUUCUAGAUGCUCCCCUAAGCCCUUGCGGUCCUCAUAUGAGCCUACACUCUGGUGAUACAAUGUUGCAUAGUCUGUCCAGUAGAUUUGCAUUAACUGAUCAUACAGAGAUGGACACUUUCCUCCCAUAUUCUCACUCACACAUAAUCUCCUAUUUUUCUACUGAACCUUCUAUUUUUGUACAUGUUUGAGCUGAGGUCUAGGUUAGGACCUUAGUCUAAUGCUGUGAAAAGUUACUGUUGUGUUUUAUGAGUCGAAAGAACCGGCCAAGCAGUAGUGCAGCAAAUUCUCAACAACUGUUGAUGUAAAAUUUCAUUUUGAGUCAUUGCAUUUGGGUGGCCAAACAAGUGAGUAUGUCUCAGUCUAUGUGUGUUUUAUCUUCUAAAUUAAACUUGUAUGUGAAUUCAGAUGUGGAAUUCUGAGCUCACUGCUGUCAAUAUUGCGAUGCAUCAUGUAUUUGCAAAUAUGAAUGACUCAUUAAAAGGUGAUUUCUUUUUUAAAUA